AUGGUUCAGUCACCGAUGCUCUCGUGCCCGCUGAAGCAAACCAACGAAAUCGAUUGGAUCCAGCCCCUCAAGGAUUACAUCCGGCAGACCUAUGGCGAGGAUCCUGAGAAUUACAGUCAAGAAUGUGCCACCCUCAACCGCCUCCGGCAGGACAUGAGAGGCGCCGGUAAGGAUAGCGCUACCGGUCGCGAUUUGCUGUACCGCUACUAUGGGCAGCUGGAGCUAUUGGAUCUCCGGUUCCCGGUUGAUGAGAAUCACAUCAAGAUCUCCUUUACAUGGUACGAUGCAUUCACUCACAAACCGACCUCUCAAUACUCCCUCGCCUACGAGAAAGCCUCCAUCAUCUUCAACAUCUCCGCUGUCCUCUCUUGCCAUGCUGCCAAUCAGAACCGUGCCGAGGAUACCGGUAUUAAGACGGCCUACCACUCUUUCCAGGCGUCUGCUGGAAUGUUCACAUACAUCAAUGAGAACUUCCUCCACGCACCUUCCACCGACCUGAACCGGGAUACGGUCAAAACAUUGAUCCACGUUACACUCGCUCAGGCUCAGGAGGUCUUCCUGGAGAAGCAAGUGACCGAUGCCAAGAAGUCUGGAUUUCUGGCUAAAUUGGCUGGCCAGGCCGCCUAUCUAUAUUCCCAGGGAGCGGAGACAAUGCAAGAGUUUGUCAGCAAGAGCGUGUUCGACAAGGUGUGGUCUAUUGUGGUACAGGCAAAGGCGGCACACAUGAGCUCGGUAGCGUCUUACUACCAAGCCCUCGCAGAUGACGAGACCGGAUCUCAUGGUAUUGCCAUUGCGCGACUGCAGUUGGCUGACAAGCAGGCCAACACUGCACUCGGUUGGGCCAAGUCCUUCCCCUCCUCAGCUCCUGCGACCUCGAAUCUCACAGCUGAGGCUGGGCCCGCUCUGGUGGAACUCAUCAAGCAUAACCAGGCGAAUGUGCAGUCCAAGCUUACCACGACGAUCAAGGACAACGACUUCAUUUACCACCAGCCUGUCCCAAACGAGGCGGGUCUAUCAGCUGUUGCUAAGAUGCCCGCCGCAAAGGCGAUUCCAGUCAGCGAGCUCUAUCAAGGACAGGAUAUCCAAAGGAUUAUCGGUCCAGAUAUUUUUCAGAAGCUUGUCCCUAUGUCUGUCACAGAAACUGCCAGUUUAUACGACGAGGAGAAGGCCAAAUUGGUUCGUGCCGAAACUGAAAAGGUUGAGACAGCAAACGGCGAGAUGGCUGCUAGCCUUGAUUACUUAAAGCUGCCCGGUAGUCUCAACAUCUUAAAGGGAGGAAUGGAUCAAGAUAUGACGGUUGAUGAAGAGUUCCGUCGCUGGUGCUCGGAGCUGGCUGGUCAUAAACCCUUCAACAAGGCUUUCGACGAGCUCCAGGAGCGCAAAUCAGAAGUCCAAUCACUCCUGGACCAAUGCUCGAAGCAGCUAGACAUGGAAGAGAGUGUCUGCGAAAAGAUGCGAUCCAAAUAUGGAGGUGAUUGGAGCCAGCAACCCAGCGGCCGACUCAAUACGACGCUUCGUGGAGAUAUCCGCACCUAUCGUGAUACCAUUGCAGAGGCCAGUGCCAGUGACACUCAGCUUUCUGCUACGUUCCGGCAAUACGAGGCGGACUUUGACCAGAUGCGAUCCGCCGGGGAAACUGACGAAGCUGAUGUUCUUUUCCAAAGAGCAAUGAUCAAGGUUGGGUCCAAGCAGAGUAAGGGCAAGAAUGGAGCUUCCAGCCCUGCAGAAGGCAGCCUACUGGAUGAUGUCUAUGACGAAGGCGGCAUGUCCGUUUCAGAUCAGAUCAACAAGGUGGAGGAGAUCUUGAAGAAACUCAAUCUCGUUAAGCGAGAGCGGGCCAAUGUGCUCAAAGAUCUCAAAGAUAAGGUUCACAACGAUGAUAUUUCAAACGUAUUGAUCUUGAACAAAAAGUCGAUUACUGGUCAAGAAAGUCAGCUCUUCGAAGCGGAGCUGGAGAAAUUCCGGCCGCACCAGAACCGGCUUUUGCAAGCAAAUCACAAGCAGUCAUCACUGAUGAAGGAACUGACCAAGAUAUAUGGCGACUUGCUCCAGGACAAGCGUAUCCAAGCCGAACAGUCUAAGUACGAAGGUAUCACGCGCCAAAGGAACGCGGUGAUGGCUCGAUACAAGAAGGUAUAUGAGGCAUUCAAUGGUCUCACGAUAGGCAUCUCCCAGGCACGGAAGUUCUAUAACGAUAUGGGUGACAAUGUUGAUAGUACGCGGAAGAACGUGGAGACCUUCAUCAGUAACCGUCGGUCCGAAGGUGCUCAGCUUCUGAGCCAGAUUGAGCGCGAUAAGGCCGCCGGUGUCACAGAUCAGGAAGACCAUGAGCGAGAGAAGCUCCGUCAAUUGAUGGAGCGCCUGUCAACAGGACCGAAGCCAUCGUCUACCUCGCCAUCCACAGGCUCUGCUGUUGCGCCUCCUUCUAAGGUCAAGUCACCGCCGCCUGCUGUUCACGCUCCAGGAUAUUCAGCGGUCGGCUCUGAACCAAAGAUGUCACCUCGCUACCCUCCCUCCAUGCCUGGAGCUGCCCCACUGUCACAUUCCCCGGCACCUUAUGGCCAGUAUAUGGGUGGUGCCCCGGGCUGCAUGCCUAGCCAACCCUUCCAGCAAGGCGCCGCUGCCCCGCUGUCAGAGGGUUACAAUCCCAUGGCAUACCCCUACCAAACUCCCGUCUCCCCACCACCAAACCAGCAGUUCUUUUCCCAAACACCUACUCCCUAUAGCGGGUACCCUAGCGCCAGCCCUGCUCCUUCUGCAGCCGCCGCUGGCACUCCAUCGCACUACAUGGCUGCGCAAGGCUACAUUCCUCCCCCGCCUCCCCCACGCCCGCAGCAAACCCAAUACCCACCCACUGCCGGCGGCCCGUACCCCUCUGGGCCUGGUGGUUAUGCGCAGGCCCGACCUUACGGACACCACAAGACACCCUCGCAACCGCAAGGGCAGCCACCUGCGUCUAAUGACCCGUGGGCUGGUCUCAAUGUGUGGAAAUGA